AUGCGUAUUCGAAGCAUCAUCCUCGCCUGGUUGGCCUCCCUUCUUGUUUAUGCCCAGAACAACACAACUUCGCCAUGGCCAUGGCAAACCUUCAAAUCCCUCCCGGGAUUCGAGCCUCCGGUGCUCGCCAUCAACAAGACUGGUACCAGCUCACCAGGGCAUCUUUUCUUCCCCUUGAGUGGUAGUGAGGCGCACAACUAUAGUCUUAACAUUUUUCAAGAGGAUGGCGAAUUAAUCUGGCAGUCCGGUUACGGGGACUACGCUGCAUUUCGAAGGACCACGCUUUUUGGCGAACCUGUACUUGCCUUCUUCGCCGGCAUUUCUUUCACUGAGCCAUGGGGUUUCGGGUAUGGGAUAGUUUACAUUCUUAACCAACAGUACGAGAACAUCUACAAUGUUACGCUAUGGAACUCGACAUAUCCACUUGAGAGCAUCUCUCCACUAUACGAUCCCGCGCAGUACCAGCCUUUUAGCUGGAUCGAUAUGCACGAGAACCUCAUUACAUCCGAUGGUACAAUGUUUGUCGGCGCUGUGAAUGUCACGCCGUGGGAUCUGUCAUCUAUUGGUGGCCCGAAAGAUGGUUGGGUCGUUGACUCCAUUGUGCUGGAACUCAAUGUGACGAAUAGCGAGAUACUAUGGCAAUGGAGCCACCUCGAUCAUGUCGACGAGAUUUCGCUCGCAAGUGCUGUGCCUACGUAUCCACUUGGUGAUCUGGGAAGGAACAGUAGUUAUCCUUGGGGACCAUUUCACAUCAAUUCUGUGGAAAGGUUUGACGAUCGAAGUCUCUUGAUCUCAUCAAGACACUAUUGCUCUAUCUUCAAGGUAAAUCGCAAUGGAACCGUUGAGUGGACUUUGAAUGGCUACUCUGGAGGCGACUUCACGUUGACCAAUAACCUCUCCUUCUGUUAUCAACACGACGCGCGUCUACACUCGUCUCGCUCGCCAAACACGACCACGAUCUCCCUCUUCAACAACGACAACAGCGCAGUCAUAUCUCAUGUGAACCAAAGCACGGGAAUUUUCCUCUCAGUUGAUGAGCGCACCAUGACUGCGUCGUUGCUACAGGAACUCGCCGAUCCGGACGACAUCGUAUACUCGGUCAGCCAAGGUAACAUGGAAGUACUUCCCUCCGGCAACGUCGUACUGGGAUACGGCAGCGUCCCGAUGCUGAAGGAGUUCGAUCAAAACGGCAAUGUGGUAUUGAGCGUAUCUUGGGGCGAAGCGGAGGCGGUACAGAGCUACCGCAACUACAAAGCUGAGUGGGUUGGCAAGCCGAGCUCAAAACCGGAUGUAUACGCGUGCAAGGCGAGCAAUAGUACCGAAGUCUACAUGAGUUGGAAUGGCGCCACAGAGCAUCAUACGUGGACCGUAUUUGGAGGCGCGUUUAACGGAAGCCUGACUGAGAUUGUCAGCGUAAGUAAGACUGGGUUCGAAACAAAGGCAGUCGUGGCGCAGACACUUGGUUUCGUAAGGGUGGAGGCAAGCGGAAGAGAGAUCAAGACUGGUACCUCGAAUGUGGCUGGUGUAGUUGAAACGUGCUAG